UCACUAUAUCUAAAGUCUUUCUUAGGUCUUAUUGGCUUGUUUUCUCAAGCACAAUGAACUCCACCUUCCUAGAAACAAGCAUUUCUCAAACAGGAAACCCUAGUUUUACUUCUCCUUUUCUUUACUCACAUAUGACUCAAGAUUGUGGUUAUAAUUUUCAAGAUUGUGAUUUUAAUAAUUUUCAGGAUUUUGAAUCUUCUUCAUUUCUUGAUCAGCUGCUUGUUGAUUAUUCUCCUACCAAUAACAACUUCAGUAAUUGUCUUUCAGAAAAUCCCAACAUUAAUCACUUGAAAAGUAGUACCAAUAUUAAUCACUUGAAAGAAAAAUCCGAAGUGGAAAUAAAGAAAGAGAAGAUGAAUGAAAGACAUGUACAAGCUAUUGCUUUUAGAACAAAGACUCAACUUGAGAUCUUGUAUGAUGGAUAUAAAUGGAGGAAGUAUGGGAAGAAGAAGGUGAAAAGUAACACAAAUCUAAGGAAUUACUACAAAUGCUCAAGUGGAGGGUGCAAGGUAAAGAAGAGGAUAGAAAGAGAUGGACAUGAUUCAAGCUAUUUGAUUACUACAUAUGAAGGCAGACAUAACCAUGAAAGCUCCUCUGUAAUUUUACAACCAUGAAAUUCCACUCAGUUUUCUCAAUGAUUGACACUACAAGCAAUUCCCAAUGGUCUUUAGUCUCAGCUUCAUAACUUCUACAAGAAAUAAUUGGACACCUUUGCGAUUCUCGUGUAUAAAUAUAGGACAUUAUAUUAUACUUCUAUUUCAUUAAUAUAUCAUGUGAUCUAGCUAUAUAACUUCUCCUAGUUUACAACUAGCAUAUAACUGUAAUGUCUUAUAGAUGAUCAGCUCUGAGAAACAUUGUUGUAAGUGUAAAAUUAAUCGAUACAAUUCAUCAUGUAAACGUACGUACUUACCUAAUA